AUGGAAGCAUUCUUUGUGGGCAGGGUCUACGCAGUCUCAGGCGGCGCUUCAGGGAUCGGGCUCGCGACAGUCAAAGCUCUCCUACGGUACGGAGCACGAGUCUCGGUAGCAGACAUCCGGAUCCCGGAAACACUACAAAGCGAACUAUGCGUCGUGGCCGCGGCCUUUAACGAAGAAGUCAAGAUCGACGAUGUGCUGCUUCUGCAGACAGUGGACGUGCGGUCGCGCGAUGCUGUCGAAACCUGGAUCGAUGACACGGUGUAUAAAUUCGGGGCUCUGGACGGGGCAGCGAACCUCGCGGGGACAAUCCCAAAGGACCAGAACGUCGGGACUAUCGAGACACAAUCGGACGAGGACUGGGAGUUUGUCUUCGGCGUCAAUGUCUACGGGGUCAUGAAUUGUUUGAGAGCACAGAUGAAGUAUAUCGGCAAGGAUGGGGCUAGGAAAGGUGGCAGCGUCGUCAACGCCGGCAGUGGGCUGAGUCUAGAGGGUCGAGCUGGCACCAGUGCUUAUACGGCCAGCAAGCAUGCUGUUUUGGGGCUGACGCGGUGUGUGGCGAAAGAGGUCGGUCCAAGAGGUGUCCGCGUCAACUGUAUCGCUCCCGGAUUCACGGAAACUCCGCUGAUGAAACAAUCACAGAGCAUCGAGGGAUCAGGCGAGAAGGAGGAUGCCUCGACCACUGCGCUGGGGAGGUUCGCUCAGCCGCAUGAGAUUGCAGACACUAUUGUAUAUCUCCUAGGCGACAGAGCCACCUUCGUUACUGGGACGGUCAUUUGUGCGGAUGGUGGAUGGCACUGUUAA